AUGUCAGCCCUUGGUCGUCGGCGUAACCGCUCAUUGGCUUCCUGUGAGCCAUGUCGGAAGUCCAAAGUUCGAUGCGAUCACCAAAAGCCGAUCUGCGCAUCCUGUCAACGGCGUGGCUUCGGAUCUGAAUGCUGGUACCAUCCUGCGCCACUCACCAAAACACGCAGUAGUCACCGGACAGCCCUCCCAAGCCCAUUCAGACCAAAUCAGAUUACCCAUGAUGCACAUAUUACCACUGAAGAUAUUCGGCAAAACGCUUUGAACAGUCCAUUGGGUGGGCCUCUGCGAUUCCAUUCAUGGCCUUUCAUGGUGACUGAGCCUAACGCGUCAGGAGUCCAGGCUUUGGUCCACUCUGCCAGUGAUCAAAAAGUCUGCAGUAACCAUUUGACAGACAUGAUGGAAAUAGUCUCCCAGUUGAAGUUCCUGCCAAUGAUCGAGAAGUUGCUUCAGGACUUCUAUUCGUUUAAUCAGCUUAAUCUUGUGCCGAAAGAGGUCCUAUUACAAUUGUUAGCUUCGGUUCGGAAGCAAGUUGAAGGCUGCGUUGGUAACACAGGUGGAACGACCGAAUUGAUAGAAAUUCAAGGCCUUACUGACUUGGCAAAAAAUGUGGUGCGUUCUUCCUCAGUGGAAACCACCAUCUCCCAGUCCCUUGAUGUUCGGGGCUUUUGUGCAUUAUUUUCAGGACUCAACCUGCGAGUUGAAACGCUUGGUCUUAUUUACACCAUGACAGCACGGGCAGCAUUUUAUUGUGGAAAUGAUACUAUAGACAAUCAAUUUAUACGAGAUAUGGGUGAGUAUAGCAACAAGGCGCUACGGCUCGCACGGGAUCUUGCACCGCGAACAACCGACCUAAUGGUUUGGUUGGCACAUGAAAAUUUACAACUUGCAACUUGUUUUGAAGGGGAUGCAAGUCUAGGCGUUUGGCGAAGAUUAGGGGAUCUCGCUACAGAUCUGUUAGCGCUGGGGCUAAACAGAGAGGCUACAUAUUCUGUGGACCUAGCCCCUUUCUUUCUUUCAGAAUGCCGGAGAAGAUUCUUCGUAACCGACUAUUAUCUUGAUAAACUAUUUGCAAUGAUUUUCAAUCGGCCUCCACGGAUCACCGCACGGUAUGCAGACUGUAAGCUACCACUUGAUCUAUCGGAUGAUGAUAUUUUUGCCUCGACUCCAGAGAAACUGGAACAGGCAAAGUCAAACCUGAGCGAGGAUGGGUGGAAUAUGGAUGAAAACUAUAGAACUGCCACAUGGGCUCGAAUGCGCUAUGUUCUAAGUCAGUUUCGGGAAGAGAUUGUGGAAUAUCAAUAUCAGUCGGCUCAAAUCACUGAUCCAGCCCAGUUGAGGUGCUAUGAAACCUGGAAUAAUUUGCCUCGCCAUCUGAAGUACAACCAAAACUGCUGGGAGUCGAGUCUACCACCCACUACUUGCUAUAUGCAUGCAAAGGUGUAUAUUUCGUAUCUUCACAUCCACUUUCAGAUCUACCGAUUGCUUAGGGAGGGAGACGGCUUUCCGUCACCAGAAUUACUAGAGAUCUCAGGAAAUAUGCUUGAAACACUGAUUGAGCUGGAAAAAGUGCGGAACAGAGGAGCUUUGACACCUCGUGAUCAUCCCGGAAUAAUUCUUUCUUAUGGGCUCCCCUGUGCGUCUGUCAUCUUAAUGGCACUAGAAAAGGUGACCCAGGAUAAUACGAUGAGUCUUCCGCCUGUCGUCAAAAGCUCCGUUUUGAUUCGGAACCUCUCGAUCCUGGUAUCACAACUAGAGAACGUGUCUGGUCCCCGCGAGGUGAAUCAAUUAUUUUGCCUUCAAGCAUCAAAGGCAAUAUCACGGAAGCUUGAUAAUAUCUUGGAUUCAUUAACCGGCUCUAAUUCAUUGAUGUCGCCCGACACUUCGACAGACCAAUCAACGACUGAUAUUCCCAGAUUUCAUUCAACGGACUCGAACAAUGUCUCCUUGCAUACCAUGCACACUGACUCUUCGCUUCUUGAUGAUUUUGACACUAUCGAUAUGUUUUCGUGGGCUGUUGAUAGUGAUCUGGGAGCAUCAAGCAGCGAAUGGAAUUUGUUCUAG